AUGAUAAUUAGAAGAUGUUCAAUUUCUAAUUCUACAUCUCAAAGAUCAUAGUCUUAAAAAAUGUCAGAAAAUGAAUAAUGCAGUAGUAAUUCUCACUUCUCAACAUGCUGUAGCAAUACUUCUUCAGAAAACGACGAGGUCGAUGAUCCUUUGAAUUAUGCUUCCUUUAAAGAUUUCCAAGUGGUCUUGCCACUCUUGAUUAAUGGUGUCAGAAUACAGAAGGUGACUUGGGAUCUCUUCUCUGCUCCACCAAAUUUAUAUUCUCAAUGGAAGGCCCAUUGCUAUUGGACUGUUGGCUAUACAUAUGAGAUAACAAUGAAAAAAAUGAAACAAAGCAAUAAAAUACGAUAUAGAUUAACUGUUAAUGCUUGGUGUUCUUUAAAUAGCAAAUCGUGGGUUAAAAAUAAAUGGGAUCGCUUGUUGGAACAUGAGACUGGACAUUAUCUCAUUGGGUGUUUGUGUGCUUUGGAAUUCAAAGCGAGAGCUGACCAAACUAAAUUUACUAGGAACUAUCGCCUUGAAUCUACAUAAAUCUUCUAAGAUACUUUCUAGGAGUAUCUCUCCCUGGAAAGAAGGUACGACGAAGAGACCAAUCACAGUCAAAAUAUUAGCAGAUAAAAGGAGUGGAAUGAAUUCAUCAUUAAGGAAUUACAAAAAUACUGA